UUAUGCUGGAGAAGACCUCGUCCAAGAGGCGGCUCGGGGUCUGGUAACCCCCCGGAAUGAGUAGUGUGGACGGACUAGUUUGUCAAUUGCACCAUCCUGAUUCUGACCGUGGUCCUUUCUGCUGUAGUUUUGUGGAAAUAUCAUUGACCAUCUGCGCAUCUUUUCCGGAUAUCGUGUGGAUCCCUUGAUUGCAAGAGCGCAGAGGCAGCUAAACUUUGGCUCCCUCAAAUCAACCAAACUUUUUGAAGCCCCAAAAGCUCGCAUUGUCUUACGCCGCAGUUUUUGCACGCCGAUUGAGUGGACUCGGGGCUGUAGUGUUGUACGUAUAUCCCAAAUUAUAAUUUCUAACUAUUAGCUCCAUUCGACAUCAUGGCUUCGAACAACGCUCAAGUUCACUCAUGUCAAUUCCCGUCCGUCGGUAGGGGUUCUGGCAGUGACCAGAAACGGCCACUUUCGGUCAGGGUUGAGCUACAACAUCCAGAGCGGCUUGAACAGCUCUUCGCGAAAGACGACGGCAAGGCUUCCCUGGUUGCUGCUGUCAGAACCGCGUGGGCACUCGUGUUGCGCACUUAUACUGGCUUGGACCAGGUUUGCUUUGGCCUCGGUGAGGUUGGGGGCGACGAAUCACCCCGCAAAGAUGGACAACAAGACUCUGUUAUCGCGCAUCUUGUCAGUGACGAGAUGUUGAUUGCCGAACUUUUCCAGCACACGAAGGAGGAUUGCUUUGCAAUUGACCGGCCCGAGCAUCAGGGCUUUCAAUUCAACACCUCGGUGCUGUUCCGAUUUGCUGUGCAAGCUGGCACGGCUUCCGGGGUUAGCAGGACGGCGUCAAAGGCAAUGCCCGCGUCGUGCCACCUCCGCCUGCUCGUCAAGGUGCUGAAGACUGGUAUCAGUCUCCUCCUGGAGUAUCGCAACUCUUACAUUCCGACCGAGUUCGCCAAAAGCAUUGCGAGUACGACCGAUAAAGCGCUCGAUCUUGCUCUUUCCACGCCACACUUGACCAUUCGCGAAGCCGACCUGCUCAGCGAACGCAACCGGAAUCAGGUCGAGAAGUGGAACUCGAAGCCUUUGGCCCGUGUCGACCGCACGAUCCAUGAUACUGUCGCCGAGGUGACAAAGCAGAGUCCGCACGCUGAGGCAGUCGCGUCAUGGGACGGAUGCUUUACAUAUCGCGAGCUUGACGAGCAUGCUUGUCGGCUUGCAGGACGGUUGAUCGAGCUCGGUGUGGGCGCCGAUGUGAUUGUACCACUGUGCUUCCGAAAGACGCGAUGGAACGUGGUUGCCGUGCUUGGCGUGCUGAUUGCGGGAGGCGCAUUCCUCCCACUUGACCCUGCGGCGCCUAGGGAACGUCUUGAAUACCUCGUCAGUGCCGUCGGCGCGAAGGUUGUUCUGUGUUCUCCUGCGGAAAGCCAUUUUGUUGAGAGCCUCGCGGAGAACAUUUUUGCUGUUGACGAUGCCCUCUUCGAAUCCCUUCCGCCACUCGUAGAGCGGCCUCAAGGCCGUGCUGACAGUCACAAUGCGGCUUACAUUAUCCCCACUUCAGGCACUACCGGCCAGCCAAAACUGUCCUUGCUUGAGCAUGGCAACUAUUGCACGGGAGCAAGUGCACAUUUUGUGGGACUUGGGAUGGACACAAAGCCCCUGCGCGCGCUACAGUUCGCGGCCCACUCCUUCGAUUCAUCAGUGCUAGAGAUCUUGUCCCCACUGAUGUUCGGUGGCACCAUUUGCAUUCCAGAUGAAAACGACAGACUGAAUGACAUCUCUAAAGUGAUUAAUGAUAUGCACAUUACAUGGGCCAGUCUGACCCCGACCUUUGUUCGCUUUCUCGAACCCUCAAUGGUACCCACUUUGGCUACCAUUAUCCUUAUGGGUGAGGCCAUGUCGCAAGCAAACCUCGACACCUGGUCCAGGAUCAACCUGAUCAAUGGCUACGGCCCUAGCGAAUGCGCGGUCUGCUCCUCUUCUUGUCUGCAUAUGCGACCAACCUCGGACCCUAAGGAUAUUGGCUUUCCUGUCGGUUGUAACCUUUGGGUUGUUGAUCCGGAGAAUCGCCACCGCAGACUUCCUAUCGGGUGCACGGGUGAGCUCCUGAUUGAGGGCCACAUUGCCGCUCGAGGCUAUCUGGGAGAUGAAGAGAAGACAGCACAAGCCUUCAUCACAGACGUUUCGUGGGCUCCCCAGCCUUUCCGAGGCUAUCUGACUGGAGAUCUGGUUGUGCAGCGACCUGAUGGCGGCUUCACCAUAGUUGGUCGAAAAGACAACCAAGUGGUACGUGAAUGAUUACUUCGGAGGAAGCUUACUGACCCGAAUCGCAGAAAUAUCAUGGGCAGAGGAUUGAGCUUCUGGAGAUUGAGCAUCACUUGAACCUUGAUUCAUUGGUCAAGCACAAUCUUGUCUUUUUGCCUAAGAGCGGGCCUUGCAAAG